AACCAGAUUGAAACUAGCAAAAGUGCGAAGAAGCUUGACGAAGAUCAAGAGGGGAACAAUGACGACGACGAUGAUGUUCUUUUAAUGGCCGAUCUCGAAGAGGAAGACAGCUUAGAACGCUUGAUGGACGAAAUGGAAAGAGAGAUGAAUGUUGACAAACCGUCUGAAAGAAAAGAAAAGAAGGGUAGUAGAAAAGAGGGGAAAGAGUGUGUGAAAAAGGAUGACUCGUUGAAGAAUGCAGGACAGAGGAACAGAACAGAAGAUAAUAACUUUCGGAAAGAGAGUCACAGUCCAUUACCAGCUGCAACUGUUU